AUGGGGGCCCUGGAGCCCUCCCGUCACCUUCUGUUCCUUCCUGUCUUUCUGACCGUGGGAGAGUGCAGCUGCUCUCCCGUGAGCCCGGGCGUGCUGGCUGGGAUUGUGCUGGGUGACUUGGUGCUGACCUUGCUCAUUGCUCUGGCUGUAUACUCUCUGGGCCGCCUGAUCCCUCGAGGCCGCGGCCGGGGCACUGCAGAGGGGACCCGGAAACAACGCAUUGCUGAGACGGAGUCACCUUAUCAGGAGCUUCAGGGCCAGAGGCCAGAUGUCUACAGUGACCUUAACACACAGAGGCAGUAUUACAAAUGA